GAAAAUAAGAGGAAGACAUGUCCCUCACUUCUCCUCCACAGAUCCAAAAGAAGAAGAAUUUUUUAUUUUAAAUAAAAUAACCUAAAUGAAUUAUCCAAUUCCACUUUCAAUGUUGUCCACCCUUCUCAGAAGCCAUGGUCGUAAACCUCUCUCCCUCCCCACCUUUACAUUCCAGUUCCGUAAUCCGAUUGGCGAAUUCGAAGUCACCCAUUUCAGAACCCCUGUUCAGGCUCAAAACCCACUUCCCAAAACCUCUUUUUUCCCCUUCUUUCGCCUCCCCAAGAUUCAACUUCACCUUCAAGAAGCACUUUUUGCAUGGAAAUAGCAGGAACAGGUUGGAUUUCAGGACAUGGUCUUUUGCUGGGUUUGACUAUGGCAACUUUGAGGGGCCUCAGUCUGUGCUCGAGGCUGCUGCAGUGUUGACAGCCAUCAUAGUUGUGCAUGAGAGUGGCCACUUCCUUGCUGCUUCUCUCCAAGGCAUCCAUGUGAGUAAGUUUGCUGUAGGGUUUGGUCCAAUUUUAGCAAAGUUCAAUGCAAAAAAUGUGGAAUAUUCCAUCAGGGCUUUUCCCCUUGGUGGCUUUGUGGGGUUCCCUGAUAAUGAUCCUGAGAGUGAUAUUCCUGUUGAUGAUGAAAACUUGCUUAAGAACAGGCCAAUAUUGGAUAGAUUGAUUGUGGUCUCAGCUGGUGUUGUUGCUAACAUAGUUUUUGCAUUGGCUAUUAUCUUUGCUCAAGUGCUUUCUGUUGGUUUGCCUGAGCAAGAGGUCUUCCCUGGGGUGGUUGUGCCUGAUGUUAGACCCUUUUCAGCUGCUUCCAGAGAUGGGUUGCUUGCUGGGGAUUUGAUCCUUGAGGUGAAUGGAAGUGAGUUUAAUAAACCAGGUCCUAAUGCUGUUUCUGAAGUUGUUGAUGUAAUAAAGAGGAACCCCAAGAGAUACGUGUUGCUCAAGAUUAAAAGGGGGGAGCAGAAUUUUGAGGUAGGGGUUACCCCUGACGAGAAUUAUGAUGGAACCGGGAAAAUUGGAGUUCAGCUUGCUCCUAAUGUUAAGAUAGCUAAGGUUAGGCCAAAAAAUCUGGUGGAGGCUGUGGAGUUUACUGGAAAAGAGUUUUGGGGUCUGGCUUCUAAUGUUUUAGAUGGCUUAAAGCAGACUUUUUUGAACUUCUCCCAGUCAGCUAGUAAGGUUUCAGGUCCUGUGGCCAUUAUUGCUGUUGGUGCAGAAGUGGCGAGGUCGAAUAUUGAUGGUCUCUUUCAAUUCGCCGCGAUCCUCAAUAUUAACCUUGCUGUUAUAAACCUUCUUCCUUUGCCAGCUUUGGAUGGAGGCACAUUGGCAUUGAUCCUCAUUGAGGCUGCCAGGGGUGGGAGAAAGCUUCCUUUGGAAGUGGAGCAAACGAUCAUGUCUUCUGGAAUUAUGCUUGUUAUAAUUCUGGGGUUAUUCCUUAUUGUUCGUGAUACCCUAAACCUUGAAUUUAUCAAAGACUUGUUGUAAUUAUUGUGAAUUCUAGUGGGCUUCAAAAAGUAUUUCAUGAUUCUCAUCUGCAAUGCUGUUGCACCAGUGUCUUAGCUAGUGGUAGUAUCUCUGUAGAGGAGGCAAGAUCAUUUGAAAUGAUUGAGGUGAGUUUCUUCCUCGAAGGAUGUUAUGUGAGAGGCAUCCCUUUGUUGCAAAUUCAUUGAUCUGAUCCAGAUUGGAUUUGUGAUCCUGGAAUAUAAACUUACAAAUUACAAAUACUAGUUUUGAUUAUGAAUUUUAAUAUUUUCUCUUUUGCAUUUUCUCUGGAAUUCAUGAAGUUAUCCA